AUGCGAGGCUGCGUCCCCGGGAUCGCCGGCCUCUCGCACUUCAAUGCGACGAGCCUGGUCACCGAGCCUGGCACGGCCCAGCCCUGCACAAUUGGCGAGGGCAGACGGGAAUGUGUUGGUGCUUCAUUACCUCGGUUCACCCAGUGCAUGAUUUAUCCCAGAUCGUCGACAGCGAAGCCAGUUCGGCCGGCUUGGCACAUCGCCCAGCCGCCCGGAAAGGGCAGCUGUCGAGCCAUCAAUCCCAUUCUCCGGGCGCCCGCGGAUGCGUGCAUCUGCCGUGUCAACCUUCCAGGCGGCCAAGCAGAGGCCGAGGAGGGUAGUGCCGGAGCAGGCUCGACGAUAGCCCCCAGCACUUGUCAGGUGAUCAUUUUCGGCCCCAGCAUUCCACCAACGGGCCAGACUCUCCUCCUCGCCUCCGUCGAUCAGUCCCAGGGUCUGGUAUUUGGGGCGGCCGGCCAAGCCCAUCCUCUCGGCAAUCUCCUAUCCAUGAUUUUCCCCCUUCUCCUCUGCUUCCCUCACGCCUCGCUUCCAAACCCUAUCCCGGGAUGGCAGCCUCAAGAGUCAGCCACAUGA